CGGUAGGAGGAGUUGUGGUGACGUCAGCGAGCUCUCUGGUGCUGAGCAGAGCAGCGCAGCGCGUUUCACCUGCAGUUGUGAGCUCGAGGAUUCGGGACAGAGUUGGUCAUUGAGGAGCUUUGUAUUGCAUAUGAAACGCUGUAGGGACAUCCUAGAAGAAACACCAGGGAAAUAAAAAAAAAGAGCCGAGUCCCAGCUCAAGCUGCUGCUGCUGCUGCUACUGCGUGCUUGCAAAAUGAAAAUUGUUUUAAUUACAUUGCUGUUGAACGUCUUGUCAUUUGGCACAUCUUGGGGGAAUUAUGGAGACCUUGCAUCUAAACCACCAUGCCGAGCUGGAUUUUCAGAAAGUUUUUAUACAGUGCUGGUUUCAAGGGAGAUAUUAGAAGGUCAGAGCAUUCUCAAAGGUUCCACAGUAUCUUCAGGAUACGUGAAAUUUAAUGACUGCCGGGAGAACGAGGAUGUUGGCUAUGAAAGCAGUGACCCGGAUUUCAAGGUGCGCACAGAUGGCUCAAUCUACGCGGCGCGCGAGGUGACGAGUCUGUCGCGGCCAGUUCAAUUCACGGUGACGGCCCAGGGUGCUGCCAACCCACAAACAUGGGAGACGACAGUCAGACUGGCCGUGGCGGGACAGGAGACAUCACCGCCUGAGGAGCAAGAGCUAACGGGGAAGGAGAACGCACCCCCAGAGUCGGAUCCGCAGCCGAGUGAUACUCUGUUUCCGUGGAAACAGCAGCCGAGCUCCAAUGGGCUGAGACGACAGAAGCGAGAUUGGGUCAUCCCGCCAAUCAAUGUGCCAGAAAAUUCCAGAGGGCCCUUCCCCCAAAUGCUUGUCAGAAUCCGCUCAGACAAGGACAGGGACAUUCAGAUGAGAUACAGCAUCACUGGAGUGGGUGCAGACCAGCCCCCCAUGGAAGUGUUCAGCAUUGAUCCCGUGGCUGGGAAGAUGUAUGUCACGAAGCCUUUGGACCGGGAAGAAAGAGCCUCCUAUCAUUUGAGAGCUCACGCAGUGGACAUGAAUGGAAACAAGGUGGAGAACCCCAUUGACCUGUACAUCUACGUGAUUGACAUGAACGACAACAGGCCAGAGUUCCGCAACCAAGUCUACAAUGGCUCAGUGGACGAGGGCUCCAAACCUGGUUCGUACGUGAUGAAGGUGACAGCGAAUGAUGCUGAUGAUGACACCACAGCCAACGGGAUGGUUCGAUACAGGAUCCUGUCCCAGUCCCCACACAGUCCUAUCCCCAACAUGUUUACCAUCAACAGUGAGACCGGGGACAUCGUCACAGUGGCAGCUGGACUGGACAGAGAGAAAGUUUCUCAGUACAGCGUCAUCAUUCAAGCCACCGACAUGGAAGGGAACCUGAACUUCGGCCUGUCCAACACAGCCACAGCCAUCAUUAGUGUGACAGACAUCAAUGACAACCCCCCAGAACUGACUGCGAGCACGUUUUCUGGAGAGGUUCCAGAAAACAAGGUGAACAUAGUUGUUGCCAACCUGACAGUGAUUGACAGGGACCAGCCCCACACUGCAAACUGGAACGCUGUGUACCGGAUAGUGAGUGGAGACCCUUCUGGACACUUCACCAUCCGCACCGACCCGGUUACAAACGACGGCAUGGUUACCGUGGUGAAGCCAGUUGACUAUGAGAUGAACAGAGCCUUCAUGUUGACUGUAAUGGUCUCCAACCAGGCCCCCUUGGCCAACGGCAUCCAGUCCUCCUUCCAGUCCACCGCGGGGGUUACCAUUUCAGUGAUGGAUGUCAACGAGGCGCCGUACUUCUCAUCCAACCCCAAACUCAUCCGCUUUGAGGAGGGGGUCCCUGCCGGGACAGUCCUCAGCACCUUCUCCGCCACAGACCCUGACCGCUUUGUGCAGCAGAUAGUCAGGUACUCCAAGUUGUCAGAUCCAGCAAAUUGGCUGAACAUUAAUGCCACCAACGGUCAGAUCACCACCACUGCAGUCCUGGAUCGGGAGUCGGUCUAUGUUAAAAAUAACGUUUACAAGGCCACCUUCCUAGCAGCCGACAAUGGCUCUCCCGCAGCGAGUGGUACAGGCACGCUUCAGAUCUACCUCAUUGACGUCAAUGACAAUGCUCCUGAGCUGCUGCCCAGAGAGGCCCAGAUUUGCGAGAAGCCCAACACCAACGCCAUCAACAUCACAGCUGCUGACGCAGACAUCGACCCCAAUGUGGGGCCCUUUGUCUUCGAGCUGUCAAGCAGAGUGCGCCGCAACUGGACCAUCUCCCGACUCAAUGGCGACUACGCCCAGCUGAGCCUGCGCAUCGUGUUUCUGGAGUCGGGCGUGUACGACGUGCCCAUCAUUAUCACAGACUCGGGGAACCCCCCGCUGUCCAACACCUCAGUCAUUAAGGUGAAGGUGUGCCCCUGCGACGAGAAUGGAGACUGCACCACCAUUGGGGCCGUGGCAGCAGCUGGACUUGGCACUGGAGCCAUCAUUGCCAUCCUCAUCUGCAUCAUCAUACUGCUCACCAUGGUGCUCCUCUUCGUGGUGUGGAUGAAGAGGCGGGAGAAGGAGAGACAGACUAAACAGCUCCUGAUCGACCCCGAGGAUGACGUGCGAGACAACAUCCUGAAAUAUGAUGAAGAAGGCGGUGGCGAGGAGGACCAGGAUUAUGACCUGAGCCAGCUCCAGCAGCCCGAGUCCCUGGAUCACAUCAUCAGCAAGCCCCCUGGGAUCAGGAGGGUGGACGAGAGGCCCGUGGGAGCAGAGACCCAGUACCCCACCCGACCGGUCGUCCCCCACCCUGGGGACAUUGGGGAUUUCAUCAACGAAGGCCUCAGAGCUGCGGAUAACGACCCGACGGCACCUCCCUAUGACUCGCUCCUGGUGUUCGACUACGAAGGAAGCGGCUCGACAGCGGGCUCUGUAAGCUCACUCAACUCAUCCAGCACCGGCGACCAGGACUACGACUAUCUCAACGACUGGGGCCCGCGCUUCAGGAAGCUAGCAGACAUGUACGGGGGCGGGGAUGAAGACUAAGUGACCUCAGCCAGCGAGGCGAAGACAACGCUCCAGAAACCAACCAACCAAGAGUGAGGACUGUACAAAGAGGCCGCUUUUUAAUCAAUGUCCCCUGCUGAGAGUAAAACAAGCAAAAACAAAUGUGUUUUUUAUUUCUUUUUUUUUUUUAGUGUCAUUGUUUUUUUUUCUCUUUUUAGAAUAUAUAAGUUGUCUAAUAGCAUGGAUGAACGCUUAUUGUCUUAGCUGCAUUGUUCUGUUUCAACACAGGCAGCAGGAAGGUGCUUUAUUUUGCUUGAAACCUUCGCUUUAUCAUUAAAGAGAGUGAAAGGCAUUCUUUCUUAACUUGAAUUCCUUAGAACAGAAGCACUGUUGUUAAAGUGCCUUUUUCGGUGCGUUUUAUCGGAUUCCCGCUUUCUCAGGAUUGAAAGUCAUUCGAAUGGCUCGGGCGGCACUCUCUCCCUCUUCGACCCUGAAAAAAAAAAAAAAAAAGUUUGGUUGGUAACAUAAAAAAAUAUUAAUAAAAAAAAGUUUUACAUUUUAUUUUCAGAUUGCCUUUUAAAAAAAAACUAGGUAGUGAAUAAAAAAACAAGUGGUUUGUGCAACUAUAAACAGCCAUCUUCAUGCCUGAAGCAAAAACAGGACAAACUGAACACCCCCACUUGUCAUCCCCCCCACCCCCACAGAGGUGUCAGACAUUUACGAAUUGUGUCUGUGAUGCAGUGUGGGGCUUUUAUUUACUGUGAGUCUGAAUAUUCAGAACAGUAGAAUAUUGAAACCAUUUGGUAUUUGGUCCUUGCUGCUCUAAGCAGGUCUGAAGCACAUUAUUGUAAAAUGCAUUCAAAAUGAUGCUAUUAUCAGGUAAACAUAAGCUUCUGUUAUACUUUUGGUGGCACAUAGUCGGUUAAAACAAUUACCCAGUGUGAGUUGUUGGGGUUAUAAUAUUUGAAGUAUAGGUUCUAUGGUACAGCAAGCUGACAAACAUUCAUAACUACUGUAAAGCAUAAUGUGUAUAAAUACACACAAGGGUAUAAAUAAAUGUGGUGCAGCGAGGGUCUAUUGAAUCCUGAAACAAGCGUUAUACCUUCUGCUAUACAGGGUCAACUGGUUUAGUGGAACUGUUGUGCGUUUGAGAUUUAGGUAACUUCUAUUACCUUGCUGUAUAAACUAUCAUAUUUAACCUGUUGGGUUGCACACAUUCGAUUCUAAAAGUCUUUACUAAACUUUAAAAAGGCAUGUAUUAUGUUGAAGGUACUGGAAAGUAUUAUUUUGAAGGUACUGGAGGCCAAAUUACUAAUGCUUCUUUGAUUUAGACCACUUUUUUGUCCUGAUAAAGUGAAGCCAGGGAAAAAAAAAACGUGUUAGAAUCUGGAUGUAGAAUGUGAUCUAGAGUAUGACUUUGUGUUGAAGCAAGUGAAAAGAAUGCAUGAAGUUUCCAAAGGUCUCAAAGUAAAAGCUGUAAUUAUGUGGUUGGGGGGGGGGGGAUUAUAUACUGUAAAAAAAAAAAAAAAAAGGAAAUGAACUGUUUCUAAGUAUUACAGAAUAACUUCUGAACUGCUUAUCUUUACUGUUCUGUGUGCCGGAAGAGCUCUUAAGUGUGGGGUCCUACUGCUAAAAGCUCUUCAAGUUCAAGUCAUUGCUUAACUGCUUUUUGUCGGAUGUCAAGUAACCAGUCCCAUGGUAGUCUCCCAUUAGUGACCGGCUACAGGAAAAAAAAGGCAUGGCGCCUUCAGUUGCAAAUUGUUAUUGUCUACAGUACAAACCAUUCAUAUUCCAUUGUCCACUUCAGCUUCUGUACAUUCAACUAAUUAAUGCUAGUUUUUUUAUCUUUUAGAUUGGAGGAAAAACCUGGGGCUGCUUGAGCAUUCUGAAAUUGAGUUCAUGCCUCAGCUUCAGCCUCAUACAUUGUGAAUAUGCACACCGUUGCUGGGUGUUAGAUUACUGUACAUCUAGCAAGAGUAGAAGAGUCAGAGGUCUGUCAAAGUUUCUUUUAUUUUUUAAUAGAAUGUGGUUUGUACUUUCCAUGUAAUUAUAGUACCGUUUGGAUCUUACAGUGUGUGUUAUUUUAUUUUUUUGUGCAUGCUCAAUUUGAGCACGAUUCAUAGUACAACAGCUCUCCAGCCCACAAAAAACAAAUGGUUAGAAUUCUAAUGUGAAUACUCAAUAUAUUCUCCUUAAUUACACAUUUCACCCUGCUCCGUACACAGACAUAGACAGUAAUGUCACUGCAUUUCAGGGUCGUGUUACUUGGCACAUACGUUGUCUAAAUUCAGAAAAAAAAGUGGAUACACAGAGCUGCAUUUAAAAUGAUUUUUACUUUGUGAAAACUAGACUGAACUUCCAAGGGUUCAUUAAAAUGCUAUUGCACUUCCCCAGAAUCUGCAGGGUGCCGUUUAGCUUGUGGUGAUAAUUCUGGAGUGCACCUUUUUAAUGAAAGCACUGACUAAGGGACAAACCACAUCUUUAUUCAGAUCAAGAUCAUUGUCGUGUGGCUGGUUUCACAGACCCAAAUCUACCAUUAGGCAGUACAAUGUUGGUGUUAUCAGGGUCGGGGAAACCAGUCAUUCGUAUGUAAAACAUACUCAACUUCUAGUAAAGCUUUGGCUUAAUCUCCAAUAGCCAAAUGAAGUUACAGACCAUUGGUACUAUUGUGAUGUAGGAAAUGUUCUAUAUGGUGGUCCCUGCAACACAUGGAGUACUCAUCCAUGGACACAUACAAAAAUAAUAUAUAUACAUAUAUAAGUCCCAUUACAAUAUACAGAGUAGGGUGCAAAUACACAGACAGAAUCACUUGAACGUCUCGACAGGAGGUUACAGGGUGCAGUAAUAUUAUUAUUCAUGAAUCAAGGAAUAAGAAUUGUGUUGUCAAUACAGCCCAAACAAUCGGAAGUGCUCUAGGUGCUGCUGGAUUAAAAAGGCACUUGUGACGCAGCAGCAAAGGGGUGACACGGAGAAUGUUAACAGGGAGCACAGAAACAAUGAGCCUUAAAAAGAGAAUUGCCUUUUUCCACAAGGUUGGAUUUUCACAUAAAAUCACAAAAAGAUCACAAAAAUCACAAAUAAAAUCACAAUCAGACUGCAGGUCAAUGUCAUAAGCCUGGGGGAGGGGGGCUAAUUAAAAGCCUAGUAAGAAGUAAAUUACUGUAAUCCUAUAGGAGCACAAUUAGCAUACCGAGUUGCUUGUUUAUAGCUUCCCAAACUAGCAACGGUGAAUCCUUAUAUAUUACAGCUUUAAAUUGGGCAGAGUUCCUUAGUGUUUUUAACACAGGUCUGUAAGGAGAGGAUCCUUGUUUCAUAUCUCACUGAUUUAAUACCACUGGAGGGGGUUAACUUAAUUUACAGGCUUUUUAAAAAUAAUCUUAACAGUGGUUGAUCUAAAUAACAGCUAAACUUCUGUUUUUGGUCCCCUGGUGUUGUACUGUACGUACUAUUAACAGAGAAAAAUGCACAAGGUUUUUGUAACCUUGGAACACAAACCUGGACUGUAUUCUGUUAAGUACAAAGGUCACGGCACAGUAUUUCACCAAUGGUACUAGAUCAUUAAAGCCCCCUGUGUGUCCGCUUUGGCAGAGAGAAGGAUUGCUCUGUGGAGUUGCUGCCACUUUAACAAAAAUGGAUCCUCCUGAAGCAACAUGUAUUGUUGCUGAUUUCAAAUUCCCGAAGCAUAAAACUCGACUGUGGAGAAAAAAAAGGAAACGUUUAAAAAAGGGAUAAAGCUAGAGUAAACUCAUUUGGAAAAAUAAGAGCGUAUAAUUAGAGUCAGACACACAAUGAAUUAACCUUCAGACGUUACUCACCACAGUGUGUACAUAAUGUAGUAAUUGCUUGAAGCUUAAAAUACAAGAAAAAAUAUACAUGUAAGAUUGGAGCUUUUUUUUGCAUGUGUCUUUUUAUAAAUGGACAAAAUGAUAAUUAUAAUAAAUAUUAAUAAUAAUAAUAAUAAUUAUUAUUAUUAUUAUUAUUGUUGUUAUUCUUAUUAUUAUUAAUAAACAAACAAAAAAAUACAUAGCAGCCCGCAUGACUGUGGUUGUUUUCCACAACUCGCAUUGAACACACAAUCAUUGCACAGUUAACAAGUUCAAAUACGUUUUUUGUAAACUGUCAACAGCACAACUAUUUUGUAUUGUUGUUUGUACCAUUUUGUACCAAAAAAUAUGUAAAAUGUAAAGGAAAAAAAAUAAUUUAAAAAGGGAAGAGAAUUCUUGUUUUAAGUGUGUGUUUAUAGUGCCACUAAGAUCUUGAUUUCAACCCCAUAAACGGCCUUGCUGAUUUAUAAUGUACAAAAAAGUAAAAUAAAUAAAUAAAUAAAUAAUCAUAAUAAACUGGUGCAUUGGCACCUGACCCUGUGUUAUAAAUAAAGUUCCCCUUUUAAAAACG